AUGGAAGAGAUUGCGCCAUCCUACGACGUGGUCGUCCUCGGGACGGGCCUCACAGAAUGCAUCCUCAGCGGUGUCAUGUCCGUCAAAGGGCAGAAGGUGCUGCACAUGGACCGCAACGACCACUACGGCGGCGAGGCAGCAUCCGUGAACCUGGAGACUUUAUUCAAGAAGUACGGCAACUUUCAGGCCGGGACCGAGCCCUGGAAGAAGUACGGCCGACCGAACGAUUGGAACAUCGACCUCGUGCCCAAGCUGUUGAUGAGCAAUGGCGAGCUCACGAACAUCCUCGUCAGCACAGAUGUCACGAGGUACAUCGAGUUCAAGCAGAUUGCCGGCAGCUACGUCCAGCAGGGUCAGGGAUCAAGGGCGACUGUUGCGAAGGUGCCGAGUGAUGCUUCAGAAGCCCUGCGCAGUCCGCUUAUGGGUAUCUUCGAGAAGAGGCGGGCGAAGAACUUCUUGCAGUGGGUUGGAAGCUUCGAUGAGGCGAAUCCAAGCACGCACAAUGGCAUGAACCUGUCGCAAGUCACAAUGAAACAGGUAUACGACAAGUACGGGCUGGAAGCAACCACGAGGGACUUUAUCGGGCACAGCAUGGCGUUGUACGAGACGGAUGAGUACAUCGACAAGAAAGGCCAGGCGAAAGACUGCGUUGAGCGGAUACGGCUGUACGUGAACUCAAUGGCAAGGUACGGCAAGUCGCCGUACAUCUACCCACUGUACGGUCUAGGAGAGCUGCCACAGGGUUUCGCGAGAUUGAGUGCGAUCUACGGCGGUACGUACAUGCUCAACACGACUGUGGAUGAGAUCAAGUACGAUGCUUCGGGCAAGGUGGAAGGCAUUAAGGCCACCAUGAAGGAGCGAGGAGAGGAGGGCGAGGGCAUGAAGUUCGAGACGAAGUGCAAGAAGAUCCUGGCAGAUCCUUCAUACUUCCCAGACAAGGCGAAGGUUGUUGGCCAUCUUGUGAAGGCGAUUUGCAUCCUCAACCACCCCAUCGACAAGACCGACAACGCGGACAGCUUGCAGCUCAUCAUCCCUCAAAGCCAGGUUGGCCGGAAACAUGACAUCUACGUAGCAAUGGUCUCCAGCACGCACAACGUCUGCCCCCGCGGCUACUACAUCGCCAUCGUCAGCACCAUCUCCGAAUCCAGCUCCAACCACCACCUCGAACUCCAGCCCGGUCUCGAACGCCUCGGCAAGAUCGAGGAGCAGUUCAUGGGCCCCGCCAUCCCGAUCUACGAGCCGCUUGAGGGUGGCGAGAAGGAUGGUGUGUUCUUGAGCAAGAGCUACGAUGCUAGCUCGCAUUUUGAGACCAUGACGGAUGAUGUGCGGGAUGUUUACAGGCGGGCGGAGUGUGAGGAGUUGAAGGUGCAGGGGUUGAAGGACGGUGAGCAGUUGGUUGCGGAGGAGUGA